UCAAGCACCCUCUGCAGUCCAGGGCAUGGCAUGUUGGCCUGGCCUCACGAACCUCUCUUUGCAGAUACAUGUCUCAGAGCAAGCAUGCAGAGGCCCGGGAGCUCAUGUACUCAGGAGCACUGCUUUUCUUCAGUCACGGCCAGCAAAACAGUGCAGCAGACUUAUCCAUGCUGGUGUUGGAGUCCCUGGAGAAGGCAGAAGUGGAUGUAGCUGACGAGUUGCUGGAAAGUCUGGCGAGGGUGUUCAGUUUGAUGGACCCCAAUUCUCCAGAGCGAGCAGCCUUUGUGUCCAGAGCCCUGAAGUGGUCCAGUGGGGGUUCCGGGAAACUGGGCCACCCUCGGCUCCAUCAGCUGCUGGCCCUGACCCUAUGGAAAGAGCAGAACUACUGCGAGUCUCGAUUCCACUUCCUGCACUCUACGGACGGCGAGGGCUGUGCCAACAUGCUGGUGGAGUACUCCACGGCCCGCGGCUUCCGCAGUGAGGUGGACAUGUUCGUGGCGCAGGCAGUGCUACAGUUUCUCUGUUUGAAAAACAAAAGCAGCGCGUUGGUGGUCUUCACUACGUACACACAGAAGCACCCAUCCAUCGAGGACGGGCCGCCCUUCGUCCAGCCCCUGCUCAACUUCAUCUGGUUUCUGCUGCUGGCUGUGGAUGGCGGCAAGCUAACCGUGUUCACGGUGCUGUGCGAGCAGUACCAGCCCUCCCUCCGUAGGGACCCAAUGUACAAUGAGUACCUCGACAGGAUAGGACAGCUCUUCUUCGGGGUGCCGCCCAAGCAGACGUCCUCCUACGGAGGCUUGCUCGGCAACCUGCUCAGCAGCCUCAUGGGCUCCUCGGAGCAGGAGGAAGGGGAGGAGAGCCAGGAUGACAGCAGCCCCAUCGAGCUGGACUGAGCUGCCGGGCCUGCGUUGAGACGCCCACGGCCGGCACCGCCGGGACAGUUUUCUGUGCUAGGCCCAGACGCAGGCCCUUUGUCCGCCCGCAUUGCGCGGGCGCCACCGUGUGGAGCCUGUCCCUAUUUAUGUAUGGUGGCUGAGGGCUGUGUGGCCUGCCUGCCGCCAUGUGGCCAGGACCGAGAGUGAGGGCCGGGCUCCUGCGGGCCACUCGCGUCCUUUCAGAUCACCCACAAUAAAGCGCAGAGCUUGCUGCGACACCCCGCUGCCGUCCUGUCUCUGGUUCCUUGGGGAGGGCUGCGGGGUGACACGGCAGCCUGGCACCAGGGACUGGAUAAGGUGGACCCCAUUUGCCCGACAUCCACUCACUGGUGUCCAGUGCGGCUUAGUGCACCAGAGGAGCCAUGGCCACUGGCGGAGGCAAGCCAGGGUCCCUGGCUCCGCACACAGUGGGUUUUUUGUGUAUCUUGUUCACCCAUGGUCUGUUCACAAUCAUGGUUCUUUCCCAUCUCUGCUGAGCACGAGGGCCCUGUGGCCUUGGGCUCCCCAGGGUGGUGGCAGCAGCCGGAUGCCCGCCAGUCCUGUGAUGCGACACUGCGAUGCACACAGGCCCUACAGGCCGCCCUGGCGACGCCCCGCCCAGCCCUGUCCCUGCAGCCCACUUCUCAAGGUACUGGAGACGCCGUCCUUCAUGAUGCAGUAUUUAUUUUUAUUGGGUGAUUUCUUUGGCCUAUUAUUUUAGGAUUUUACCAAAUAACCAGGAAUGAGCAGAUCUGCCCUCUGUCACUGAUAAUAUCCCAUGGUACUAGAACUAUAAAGGGAAACACUUUAUUUUUUCACAAUUAAAAUGAGAGUUGUGGGUGAGUCCAGCGGGCGUGCGUGCUUUACUGUAAACGCAACUCACGAAGGCUGUCAGAUGGUGACUGAAUAAAUCCUUUGUACCGGG